UCACCCAGCUGCCCCCGCGCGCGGAGGAAAGGGACGUACGGCGCGGGCCCUUCCUGCCCGGCCCGCGGCUGCUGGGGCUCGCGGGGGUGGCGGCGUCUCCCCUGCAGGCUCUGAGACCGGUGCCUUUCCAGCUUCUGCCUGAUAGCUGCUCAUGGCUACAUCCGCCACCCUGCAAAGAGCAACUGUGCGAUACCAGCGACUUCUGCUGGCCUCAGCGCUGGCAUCGAAGGGGUCAGCACCAUGUCUGUCUGCCCUGGGCCCUCCCUACCUGUUGGGCAGGGCACUACGUAUCACAGGUGCCAUCCCUGCUGGCCACAACAAGUGGUCCAAGGUGAAGAACAUCAAGGGUCCACGGGAUGCUAAGCGCAGCCAGAUCUUCCAAAAGCUGUCCAUGAUGCUGCGGUUUGCUGUGCGAGAGGGGGGACCUGAUCCCGAGUUGAACAGCAACCUGGCCAACAUCAUCGAGCAAUGCCGCAACAACAACAUGCCCAAAGCCUCAAUUGAGAUGGCCAUCAAGGGAGUGGACAAAGAGAAGAGCACCACCUACGUGCUCUAUACAGCCCGAGGCCCUGGGGGGUCUGCCCUGGUCAUCGAGAUACUGACAGACAACACCAGGCGAACUCAACAGGAAAUCCGGCUCCUACUGAGUCGCAAUGGGGCAGUAAUUACUGAUGGGGUCCGUCACCUCUUUGACCAAAAGGGGGUGGUUACAGUCAGCAGGAAGGACCAGGAGCAGAGGUCAGUGUCUCUGGAACAGGCCCUGGAGUUGGCAGUCGAGGCUGGAGCUGAGGAUGUACAGGAAAGUGAGGAUGAGGAAGAGCAGGAGGUGCUGAAGUUCUUGUGCGAUGUAUCUGUGCUACACCAGGUGCGGAAGAAGCUGGAUGCACAGGGCUUGCAGUCACUCUCUGCUGGGUUGGAGUUCAUCCCCAACACCACCGUGGAGCUCUCUGAGGAGGAGAUGAAGCAGGCCUCAGAGCUCCUCAUGGUCCUGGGUAACUGCCAAGACGUGAUCAGGAUCUAUGACAACAUUCAGUAGGGGGCUGUGUUUGGGAUGGCAAGGGGCUGGGACAGUGUCAGAGUGUCCCUCCGACCCCAUCACUGGGGUAACAAGAAACAGGAUGUUGGUGCCCUGUGGACAGUGACAAGAUGUGGUCCACUGCUUAGCUGGGGUUUCCACCCUCUGGCAAAGUGGUUCAGGACUCUGUCUUGCCCUGGAAUGCAAUCAGGACGCUACAGGUUAAUUGCUGGGCUGGAUUGUUGCCAAUGGAGUGACUUGCUUUGUCCUUCACCUGUGGUGGGGGUUGGUUUGAUUGGUGAAGGGCUCGGCAGGGCAGGGGCACUUGUCCUGUAUAACCACCUGGGUGCUUGUGUCUUGAGCCCAGCAGGUGAGGGCUUCAACCCACACCUGUUGCAGCAGCAAGGCCCACCCCUUUCCCCAAGCAUCAGAUGCUGUGCAGGAUGAGCUACCAUUCAUUUGUGCAGCACUUAGCACAGCAUCAGCACUGCAUAGACCGAGUCAGGCAGUGCCAGGGCAGGAGCCAUCCUUAGCCUCACACCUUUGGCUGUAUAUCCUGCAUGACUGUCUAUGGCAGCCCUGCUUGGAGGGCAGCAGCCAGGUUAGGGGCAUCCCACACCAUUCAGCCUGGCUGCAGCUAUACUUUCAUCAUGCUGGCUAAUAAACAAUGGUUUGUGGGUGGGGGCUCUGUCUCUUCUCUCGGCAUAGUGCUGUUCUUCCUAUCCAAAUACAUGCGUGCCUCAGGGAAUGGGGGGUGGGGCCAUUGUGGAGUUGUAGUUGGAGGCUUGAUGAGUGAUGGCCAGAUUGGAUGGAGACAUAAUGGAAAAGUCCAGAGAGAUUCUCCAAAGGCAACAUUAAGGGUCCUUGGAGUUGCUUGCUCUAUCACAGUGAGGCAGGAACAAAAUUCAAGCUGGAAAUAAGGGGUUGGUUGAAUGGACAAUCGCCCAUGGAAAGGGAUAGCUCUUCCAUCAUUUGGCAUUGGUCAAUUAAGAUGUGGCGACUGUUCAAUUGCCACUCCAGUCCAGUAGCUAUUAGACUGGGUUCAGAGGUCCCAGGAGGGAUUCUCUGGCCUGGGUUAUACUAGAGGCUGGAUGGGGAUGGUUAUCUAACAUUCUCUAGAAAAAUUAUCUGAGUGAAACCAAUAGUUUUCAAAGCCGUUGCAACCAUCCUACUGAGAAAAUUUGGUCCUUGUUGCCAGCAUAGAGCACUGCGUUCUGUGCAGAAAUUGCCUGUGGUCUAAAGUAAACUUUGUCUUGUAUUUUCCCCUUUUUAAAUCUAUAUAUAAAAAAUUAAAUUUGUAACGAAGAGGAAAGGGUAGUGGAGGGUGUUCUCUUAUGGAAAUGUUUGAUGAAUCGAAAACAAUUAGUUGAAAAAAAUUUUUUCACUCGGAAAUAUUUUCUUCACCGAUUAAUACCACUUUACAGCCCAAGUGCAAGUGGGUGCUUGAAAAACUGGUGCCUAGCUCUGUGGAUAAAGUUCUGUAGCAGCCUGAGGUCUUCACACAUGCUGCUCGUGGCUCCCAGAAUGCCUGGGAAUAUUUUAAAUGUGAUACUUUAAAACUAGGAAUUUGUUUUAUCUUUUGUUUGCUUUCUGGGUUUUUGCCACUCAGGAUUGUGUGGGGGUUCAUUCUGUUUUUAAAGACAAAUGUAGGUUUGGUUGUAUUCACAUGACUCCAGCAGCUGGGGAUUUUAAAUAAAAACAUGAGGAUGGGAUAAAUCACAAGAACUCAUGUUGCUGGUUUUUGGUCAGGAAACAUGGCCAGGAUCUUACUAACUGAUCCCCUUCCACCUUGAUAAGUACUUUGUAUUUCAAAGUGUAAAAUCACAAGAAACCCACAGACCAACAUAUGUAUCUGCACCGAACCAGCAAUCGCCCUAAACACACCAAGAAAGCUGUAAUAUAAAGCCAAGUCCUCUGGUACCACCAAGUCUGCACUGAGGAGAACACCCAUGAUCAUCACUCAAAACGACUUUCAUUCAACAAGGACACUCCUCCAGAGAGAGAUCAAACUUUUGAAAGAGCCACCCAGAUUCCACGUGAAGAAUUGCUGCAGUACAGAAAGAAAAUCCCCAUGAAUCGCACACUACUAGUUAUGACAUACUAUCCUUCCCUGGAACCUAUAUGGAAAAUCCUCAAACAAUUGCAACCCAUUGUAGAAGAAGAACCAAGUCAUAAAGAGAUCUUCUCAGAACCACCCAUUCUAACCUUUAAACAAGCACCAAACCUUGCCAGCCUCAUCACCAGAAGCAAACUUCCUACAGCCUAAAAUACACCGAAUGGAUCCAGACUAUGCCAGGGCAAGAAAUGUAAAACCUGCCAACACGUCUCCACUACCCCCACAAUUACUACACUCCACAACAGAACCAUCAGCAUUCCUGGAUCUUACAGCUGCACCUCCAGAAAUGUAAUAUAUCUCAUCCAGUGCACUAAAUGCCCUGAUAGAAAAUAUGUAGGAGAAGCCAAACAACAACUGCGUACCAGAAUGAAUGUACACCAAAAAUCUAUCAAAGACAGGAAUACCCAAUCACCUGUGGGGGCACAUUUCUCAUAAGACAACCACUCUUUCCAAUCCCUCAGUUCUAAUCCUCAAAGGGAAUUUACAAAACACCUUUCACAGACCAGGCUAUGAACUUCACUUCAACCUACUGGACACAAAAAAUCAUUGACUAAAUAUAGACAUUGGAUUUAUGGCACAUUACAACCUGCCUAACAUCUGAUACCUUAGGUAACUGUUUACCAAUUACUUAUCACCAGGUCUGCAGUCCUCUUCCUGCCCCCCACCACACACACACACCUGUUUGUCACCCAUUGACUGCCUUAAUUUGCUUUUUCACUGACUGGCUUUCUUGCUGACAGGCCUUGGGCUUCUAUUUUAUUCUAUCCCAUCCGGGAAGAGUACAGAACAACUACAGACUUCCUCAGUUUGAAAACUUGUGAAGAAGAAUGUUUCCAACUAUUUUAGUUGGUCCAGUAAAAAAUAUCUGAUUUACCCAAAGAA